CCGGAGGCGACAGAACUUGAUCUGGGCCGGGAAGGGGACAGAUCCGGGAAGGGUAACGCGGGGCAUUCCAGUAGUAAUUGAUGGAAAUCUUACAUGGGAUAAGAUUUGUUCUCCCCAUACUUCUGAACCAAUGAACAGAAAAUGGGAAGCAAAACUGAAGCAAAUUGAAGAACGAGCAUCUCAUUAUGAGAGGAAACCGUUGUCCUCACUGUAUAGACCAAGAUUAUCCAAGCCUGAAGAACCACCCUCCAUUUGGAAACUAUUUCAUCGACAAACUCAAGCUUUUAAUUUUGUUAGAAGCUGUAAAGAACAUGUGUGUAAAGCGCUUCAAGAGUUAUAUAGUGUUAAUUGUUCAGCUGAAGAUGUUUUGAACUUGGAUUCCAGCACUGAUGAAAAAUUUAGCUGUCAUUUAAUAUUUCAACUCCAUGAUGUGGCAUUCAAAGAUAACAUUCAUGUUGGUAAUUUCGUGAGAAAGAUUUUGCAGCCUGCUCUUCACUUAAUUGCCAGUGAGGAUGACAAUCGCCUUCGAGAGACAGCAGGUCAUGGAUCGCCCCAUUUUUCUGAAGCACCAGUAGAACAAGGAAUUUCCUUUAACAAAAUGUCCACAGAUAAGGAUAUAGGAGAGAGCUGGCCGUUGAAUUCAGAGAAACUGGAGAGGUGGGGGUCAGCUGAGCAAAGCAGUCCUGAGCUUUCGUUUUUAGUUGUGAAGAACAACAUGGGAGAAAAGCAUCUUUUUGUGGAUCUAGGAGUUUAUACAAGAAAUAGAAAUUUUCGGCUCUAUAAAUCAUCAAAAAUAGGAAAGCGUGUGGCUUUGGAGGUCGCUGAAGAUAACAAAUUUUUUCCUCUACAGUCAAAGAUUCUGGUUGAUCUGAAAAAUGAAGUUUGGUAUCAAAAAUGUCAUGACCCUGUAUGUAAAGCAGAAAACUUCAAAUCUGACUGUUUUCCACUACCUGCUGAAGUAUGUCUCCUGUUUCUUUUCAAAGACGAAGAGGAGUUUCCAGCAGAUGAAGCUGGGAACAACAAAACCAAGAAUCCUCAUAAACAGUCACCUAAUAAGUCAUCAACAGGUAUAUCUUCUGAUGUGGACUGGGAUAAUGGCAUUGAUGAUGCUUAUUUUUUAGAAGCCACUGAAGAUGCUGAAUUAGCUGAAGCUGCAGAAAACAGUCUUCUCAGUUAUAAUAGUAUAAUAGAUGAAAUUCCUGAUGAACUAAUUAUAGAAGUA